AUGAACGGCAACGCCAACGGCAACGGCGUCAUCGCCGACGAAGAACAGCCCCUUCUCGGCCGCAAGCCAACGCCGCCUUCUCUCUUGUCAAAAUGCCGCAAGCAAAUGACGGCCGAGGUGUCCCGUUCCUGGGCCGACCUGGUCCUGUUGCUGUGCUACGUCGUGACGGGCUUGCUGGAUAGUGCGUCGACGCAGGUCUGGGGUGCCUUUGUUUCCAUGCAGACCGGUACGUGUAUGCCCUCUUAUAAUCCGCAUCCACGAGCCGACAUGGCUUCAUUUAUACAUACACAGAGCAGCCAAAGGAGAAGACUGACAACCGUAGGCAACACCGUCUUUGUCGGGUUGGGCAUCGCGACCAUCUUCAACCCCCCGGUAUCCGCACGCCUGUACAAGUCGGGCGUUUCCCUGCUCUCCUUCUGUGUCGGGUCCUUCUUCUUCGCGCGCUUCCACCGCUACUUCUCCCCCAAGAGGCGGUGGGUGCUCUGCGCGUCGUUUGCCGCGCAGGCGCUGCUCAUCGUCGCGGCUGCCGUCGUCGUGACCGUCUGGCCGGCGCCCGGGGACGAGCGCGCCGUCGGCUGGACCAUCCUGGUGCCGCUCGCGCUGGUCGCCUUUCAGUCUUGCGGGCAGGCCGUGACGAGCCGCGCGCUCAAGUACAAUGCCCUGACGAGCGUGGUGCUGACGAGCAUCUACUGCGACUUGUUCUCCGACCAGGACCUGUUCAAGGUCCGCAACGUGGAGAGGAAUCGGAGGGCCGCUGCCCCAGCUCUGCUGCUGGUUGGCGCCGUGGCCGGGGGGUUGUUUUCGCAUAGUUCGUUUGGCAUUCAGGGUGCGCUGUGGGCGGCCGCGGGUAUCAAGUCUAUCAUGGUGGUCUUGUGGUUCUUCUGGCCGACUGAGGAUGAGGAGAGUUGA